UGUAACAGACAACCUUUGCCUUAACAGCUCUCUUUGUAUCUUCUAUAUAUCACUCUCUAUUUACAUCUUCUUCUUCAUUCAGAAAUCACAUUCCCUAUAGGGAUGAUGAUGGAUCCUUCCAUUGCCCAGGAAUUGGCCACCCAGACACUGGGAAGCAUGUUGGGGUGCGGAAAGCAGGAGCGAGAGCGGGAGCAGGAGCGGCAGCUGGAGAAGAAGCCGAGGCCGGCGGAUGGGCAAACCCUAAAAUGCCCCCGGUGCGACUCCGCGAACACCAAGUUUUGCUACUACAACAACUACAGCCUCUCCCAGCCCAGAUACUUCUGCAAGUCCUGCAGGAGGUACUGGACCAAGGGCGGGACCCUCCGCAACGUCCCGGUCGGCGGCGGCUGCCGCAAGAACCGGAGGCCGUCGUCGAGGUCCCGCAGCCAGGACCAGUCCCUCUGCACCAGCCCCAACCCCUUCCCGCCCCACCCCACCCUGGGAGGUGGGGCGGCAGGGGCGGGGGCGCUGCCCUACGAGCCGAGCGAUCUCAGCUACGCAAUUGCCCGGCUCCAGAAGCAGGCCAGUCUCGGGAUGGACGACCUGCCCAUGAUGUGCAACCUCGGCACAGCCCCCGGCGCCGCCUUCGGCGGCGGCGGCUACUUCGACGGUGCGGCGGCGAACACCGGACUGUUCCAGAACUUGUUCUACGGCGGCGGCGUGGGGAUGGAAAGUGGCGGCGCGGUGGGUGGUCUUGAGAUGGGGAUAGCGUAUGAUGGGGGGCACCUGGAGGGGAUUGGGGCUGCCACGUCAGCAGAAGGAAGGGAGGAUAAAAAUAAUGAAAACAAUAAUGGAGGUGAGACUGAUAACGGGAGGGGGUUAUUAUGGUCAUUUCCAUGGCAAUCAGUUGGAGGGGGAGGAGCAAAUAUGGGUGGGUUUGGAUCAUCUUGGCAUGGACUUCUCAAUGCCCACUGCACAUCUUAAUAAGUAAUUAAUUAAUUAAGCUAUUGCUUAAUUUAAUUAAUACAACUUUAAUUACCCUUUCAUUAGAUCUUUCGAUCAGACUUAUUUAUUCUAUUUUAAUUUAAGAUGUUCUUCAUGAGAGGUUUUUUUGUACUAAGUGAUGAUAUGAUUUUCAAUUUUUUUUGUAAUUUCUUGAAGUGGCCGGGAUUAAAUGUAUUAUGUACUG